AUGACCACUAUUCAAGAAUAUUUAAAUCAUAAAUUUCCCAACCAAGCGGAAAAAGAAAAAGUUACCGAAAUUAUUGCUUCGGAAAUCACUGAACCUUUGGAAGGGGGAGAAUUAGAACUAACUUCCUUUCCUAAUUUAGAAAAGCAAGAAAGCGAGGAAGAAAAAAAACUUUAUGAAGAGUUAGGAAUUAGCACUGAUUUAGAACAAAAAAAGUUAGUUUCUGAAAUUCAAAGAAUAACUGAAAUAUUUUCGCGAGCGAAUGAUGAAACUAUUAAAGUUCAUUUUGCCACUAAAAACCACCCGCAAGAAAAGUUAGGAGCUAAAAAUGGAUUAACUGAGAAAAAUGAGGAAGGAAGUUUUAAGAAAAUUAUUGAACUGCUCAAUGAACAACUAAAAACUAACCCUACUGAGGAAAUAUUAAAGGAAUUAACCCUAAAAGCAGAAAUUGAAUACAAUCAAUCAGAAUAUGCCAUGAUAGUGUAUUAUUCUCCACAAAGUCCUUUAAGAAGUGAAUUGGAAAGACUAAUUACUUCUACUCCUUUACGGUUAGAAAUAGAACACUUAAAAAAGCGACAAGCCCAAUUACCAAGUCCGGAGAAUUUCGAAAAG